GUCUACAACAUGAGCAGAGGAAUUAGUGAAUGGGCCAUUUAUAAUGGGAUUUUAGCAUUGGUAGUGGACAGUGAUUUUAAGAAGGUGUAACACUUUCGUAAUGCAAUUCCCUGUGCUCCCAGGAGUAGAAGCAAUGUGACUUUUUUUUUUCUAAUUACCAUAGCAGGUGAAAUUAUAGAUCUUACUGAGUUCACAUGAAAAUGGGAGAUUUUUCUUUGGCUGAUUGCAUGUUCUCCAGUCCGGGUAUUUGUCUGUUCCCAGACAGAAUCUUUUGUGCAGAGCACGUGGACUGGAUCUGAAAGGACACAGUGAGGAGCGACCCUUACAUUCUGGGCAUACAACAAGACAGACUCUGGGAAACAUUCAAUUCCAAAAUUUGUCAUUAUCUCAGAGUCGUUCUCUUGCUUCUAGCCAGCAAGGCUUUUUAUGUGAAAAAUGUAAAGAGAGAUAAAUAUUUCAGUAAUAAUUAGAUACUGAUUUUCUAGCCAAGGUCUUAGUAGCAGAGGGAAGAACUUCCAAGGUCACUGAAUCUAGUUAGCAGUAGGCAAUCAUGUCAGUUCAUCCUGUUCUGUUUAUUAUAUCAGUGGGUAAGGGAGAUAAUUAGCUACUGUUCGAGUAUUUAUAAAUAAGUACAUUCUCACUCUGUAAAUUCCUAUACAUGACAUUUGGUUGGAGAGUUCCUAUUCUCAACAGCAUUUAUAGAGAGAUACACACAUUUUUAUUCUAAAAAAAUGGAAAUUAUGGUUUAUCCAUAGCCAGAUGAUGAUCUUAGAAAGAAGUGUCCUGACAGGGUGUCAAAUACAGUGAAAAUUACUCAGAAUCUAUUACAUGUCUUGUAUCUGGGAUAGAGCUUAUAGUCCAUGGUUUGGAUAGUCCAUGUACCAUUUGUCCUCAGCAUCUGAAAAGCAUAGAUGCUUUGCUGGAGAUGCAUCAAGCAGAGUGUAAUCUUUCACUAUACUCAUUCCUUGGUGUUGCUGGCAAAACUACUGCAUCAGCCCAACGCUUCUGUAAGAAUCUACCUCACAGUGCUAAGUCAUAUGGCAAUAAGCAAUCGCGUGACACAGCGUGCAAAGCUGAACUUUUGGUGCAUAAAGAUAUGACUUUAAAAUAUAUGUUUGCCCUCUCUUCAUGUGACGAAACUCAAAGAUACUGUUUCCCAGGAGGUUUGGACUCUUUCUGUUGAUAAAUAAAUGUGACAAGUAUUCUAAUUAAAGUGUUCUACCAGUUAUCCCCUCAGCCCAGGAAUAUAGCAAUAGAUGGUUCUUUCUUCACUUGAUGAAACGUAGCCGGAGAGAAGGGGAGAGAAGGAUACUGAGACAGCUUGAAAUCCUAGGGCUUAUGGUGGUUCUCCAGAAUGAAACGUGCACAUCAAUAUGUAAGAAUUCUUUGUAGUCUGAAAUGCAUAUUAGUUAUGUAGCCUUGCAUUAACGAGCAUCAGCACCAUGGAGGGAUCAGAACCCAGGGCUGGUCACUGAGGAGCCAUGGGUGCAGCGUCCUGCACAGCCUGAAGGCCGUGUUCCAUAGUGCUUAGCUCAGGGCUGAGGCAGUCUGAGCUAACUGCAUAGAGCAAUGGGGUCUUUAACACCUGAACCCAGGCUGGAGCUGCAUUCACUCUUUUGCUAAGCAUUACAUUGUUGCAGAAGGUUCUGGACGUGAAGCUUUGGAAAAUCGCUACUUCAGUCUCUAUACCUUCUUCACCUUGCCUGCUACCCCUGCUUCUUUAUUAGGUAUGACUUGGUGAUGUUGUACUGGUUGCAGUCACCCAAGUGUGAAUGUGCAUUUAGAAAGACAUUCAAAAGCCAAGAAAAGUUAUUUACGUGUUACUGUUCUUCUUUAGGUAGCCUUGUAUUGACAUAUAUUUGCAAUCCAGCUUCCUGUUUCUUUCUUCCAUAAUUCCUUAUAUUUCCUAGGAGUUUCUGGGAGCGAGAAGAACUGAGAAGGUGAAAGAUGGAGAUGCCCCUUUUAUAGUCUUGUGUGUGGAAUGUGAAAGGGAGGAGCUUGUAUAUGCCACUGCAGCUAAUGGGAUAGGAGAAAAAUUGUUCAGCCUGUAGUGCUGCAUGCAGAUAUACUGAGAACAGAUGUAGAGGACGCAUCUCAAAGGAGAACAGUCAAAAUAUUUUUCUUUCCAUAGCUGUACCAUGUUUUCUUAUAUUAGGCUAGAUGAACAAAGUUUUAAAAUUGCUAACAAAUUUGAGCUUCCUUUUUAAUGGCUGUGCCUGAUUUUUUAAAUUGUCUUUUAAAUGAAAAACUCUAUUUCUGCAAGUAAGCAAAUAGCCAGGCCAUAAUAUUCACAAUGUUUUUAUUUCUUUGACUACUCUGGAAGAGGAGGAAGCAAACUCCCAUGCUUUUUAGUUUGUUAAUCUCAUCCAUAAAAGCAUAUAAUCUUUAUCAGCAUUCACUUGUUUUCCAAAUUACUAAAUCAUAGAAAAAUUUAGAUUGUUAGGGACUUGUUGUCCCACUUCCUUCUCAAAGCAGGAAGAGAUUUUAAGUUAAAUCCAACUUCAAAGUCUAAUCGGGCUCUUGCCCAGUCAAGUUUUGUUUGACCACUUUAAUUGUGAAGACUUUUUCAUUACAUCUGAUUAAAAUGUCCAGUGCUGCAACUUGUGUCCUUUGCCCCUCAUCCUUUUGCUGUGAACCUCCAAGAGCAGUAUGGCUCCACCAUUUCUGUAAAUAACCAUCAAGUAGUUGAAGACAGUAAUUACAGUUCCCCUUAGUCUUCUGUUCCUCAGAGUGAACAAACCCACCUCUCUUAUCUCAUAUCUCUCAUAUGUUACAUGCUCCAGCCCACUAACCAUCCCAGUGGCCAUGCACUGGAUACACUCAAACUUGUCAGUGUCUUUCUUGUACUUGGGACUCCAAAACUGGACAUGAUACUCCUGUUGUGUUCUCACAAGUGCUGAACAGAGAGACAUAAUCACUUCCCUUAACUUGCUGGAUACACUCUUACUAAUGCAGACCAAAAUGCAGUUAGCUUUUAUUGCCACAGAGCAUGCCAAACUCAUCAGGAUUCCAAGACCUUUUCCUGCAAAGCUACUUUCUGGUCAGUUGGACCCCAGCCUUUAUUGUUGUAUGGGGUUAUUCUGCCCCAGACACAUUAUUUUGUAUUUGCCUUUGUUGAACUUCCAUCAGUCUUUUUUUCCAGCCUGUUGAGAUCCCUCUAAGUGGCAGUCCUACCAUCCAGUGUAUCAGCUGCUCCCCUUAAUUUGGCAUUAUCCACAAAUCUGUUGAAUUAUGUGCCAUUUUUGUGGUAAAUAUAAAUUAUUCAGGAGGCAGUGGCAUGGAAUAACGUGAUUUCAAAGACACUGUAUUUAACAUUCUGUGGCUUAAGUCACAUGAUUAGGGAGUUGCUGCGAUUAGCUGCUGUACUUGAAGAAUUCUGUGUUUAAAUUGAUGUGUACCAGAGACGAGGAGACUGCAGAGAGUGAGUCAGCACUUAGAGACGGUUCUGCUUUAGAUUUACAUUUUAAUGAUGUGAACGUCGCAUCCAUAGAUAGAGAAUUAGAAGAUCAAGAAAGCAGUGACCUUGGAUUAGCAAGUCAAAGAUUAGUGGGAGGUUCAGCUCCUGUCAAUAUUCCAGGUUCUCUUGCUCGUUCCUCAUCUCUACAUUCAUCAUCAUCCCUUUCAGCCUCUCCACUCAGUUCUCUUUCGCAAUCGCUGUCUCAGUCUUUUGUUUCAUCUGCUAUGGCUCCUCACCAACAGCAGCCUCAGGCUUUGAAGUCAGAACACAGUAUGUUAGGCACCUCAGCCUCUUCGCAUAACUCUUUAGGCUUAAAUGGCGUUACAGGGAGCAUUUGGGACUUUGUAACAGGGAGUUUCUCUCCUAUUCCAUCCCCAGUACUGAGCAGUGGCGCUAACCCCUCAAUAAGUUCAAGCACCAGUGGGAACGAACUAACUCGAGUUAGACAGGAACUUCAUGAUGCCAAAAGAAAAAUAAAACAAUGGGAAGAUUCUUGGCAACAAGUAAAACAGGCAUGUGAUGCAUGGCAAAAAGAGGCUCAAGAAGCAAAAGAACGUGCUAAUAUGGCAGAUGCUGACAAACAACUUGCUCUUCAGAAGAAAGAGGAAGUGGAAAGUAAAUUAAAAAAGCUGAAGGAGCAAUUUGCUGCUUGUCUGUCUACUACAUUAUCUUACAUGAAAAACUAUGGAGAUAUAGAAAAGGUAUCCUUACCAAAGCUUCGUUCCUUACAAAGUCGACUGCGUUUAGAUUUAGGAACAAUAGAUGAGGUAGUUUUUCAGCUUCAAUCAAAGAAGUGUGUUGUAUGUCAAGAAGGUGAUCGUAGCAUCAUCCUGCCUCCAUGUCAGCAUUAUGUACUUUGUGACCACUGUGCAGCUAAACAAGAAGAAUGUCCUUGUUGCAAGAAAAAAAAAAAUCAGUGGUAACAUAGAGGCAUAGUACUUAUAUCAUGUUCAUGAAUUAAAUAUAUUUUAUGUUCUAGUAUUUUAUAUAAGAGCUAUAUCAGUAGUAAUUAAUCCAUUUAAUAGUGCUAGACUGAUUUCCAUUCUGAUACGAUAAACUUAGUUGUUUUAAGAUAGAGAAUAAACGUUUGUUCACCUUUACAUAUCAACUUCACAGUUUUGAUGAGGUUCUAUAAUCUUGAGGUUCUUUCAUUCCCCUCAACCAUGUUCCAGCCUUUUCGACUUCCACUUACACUCCUAGUGCACAAGCUACUUGGGUUCCUUUGCACUGUAGUCACUUUGUAUAAAUCUUACCAUAAUGCCUGAAUGAAGUGUUUAUACCUGUUAUUGCCAUUAACAAAAAAAAUAGAUAUGUAGCUACAGUAACAACACACUCAACAGUAGAAAUGGCCCCUUUGCCAGUUCUGUUGUACGUGGUAUGCCAGACUCAGUAUAUUGAAAUCGGUCUAACACUAUAUUUACUUGGUUAUUUGAAGAACUCUAGUUGAUGUAAAAGCACUUUUUAAUAGUUGGGUUUUUUUUUUAGAGGAUAUGUUACAAAUUGCUUCAAGCUGCUUUCUAGUUUUUAUGUUUAUUUUUUUAAUAUGCAAUAAAUGAAGCUUUAUAUGUGUACUGUGAAUUUAAAAUAUUUCACACAGUUUUACUGUUAAAUCAUAUUAUUAAAUAGAAAAGAAAACUUACCUAGAAUUUUUACAGUUUACAAGUUAACUGCAUACUAUAGUAUUUGUAAAGGUACCAGCGGAGAGAAAAAACAGUGAGGCACAUAUGCUUUCAAACAGAUCAGUUUUAGAAACCAACUGUGCACCUGCAUAUUUCCCUCAGUUUGGAUGUUUGCAGUCUUACACUUUUUGUAAACCCCCUAAGCUGCGUGGUAUGCAUCAGGAGCAGAUGUGAUAUAUAUGAUGACUUUUACCAAGUGCCUAUGCCAAAUACCCUAUAAAAUGGCAGAAGACAUAAAAAAAAGAGAUUUUGCAAAUAGUUUCUAGCACUUAAUUUUGUAUUGAACAAUUUGAUGAUAAUUAGAGCCUAUGUCUUACUUUUAUAAAUGUUUAAAAAUAUACUUUUUUCAGUAGCAGAGUAAUGCACUUUUGAAUGGUACUACAAAAUUAAUUAAACAUAAUCAGGCAGUGGCACUUUGACACAAUGAUUCUUUUGAAAGACGAUAAUAUCCUUAUUUCAUCCUGGUAGUUGGGAAUAUGCAAUUCAGGAGAAGUUAAUUCCUGUACGUGAACACUGUAUACUGCUACUUUUCUUAAAAGGAAUUAAUUGCCUGUGUUGUUCCUUUUCCUGUGAUACUAGUACAGCUUACAUUGAAAUGACCUACUACUGUGUUACAUAAUUUGUAUCUCCAUAUUAUGCAUUCAAUACAAGAAGUGAGUUUGCACAGGCAGCAAAGAGUUAAUCUAUUUAAAGCUCAGUCGUGCUGAAACAAAAAACAAAGUGUAUACUAACAAUUAUUAUUGUUGAAGUAGAGCUUUUAGAAUUGCGUCAGUGUUAAAGGGCCCAAGUCAAAAGUAAUUAAAUCACUGCGUUUCCAUUGGGUUUUUUGUGCACUUUAUACAAAGGCUUCAGUUAGCCAAAAAAAAAAAAAAAAA